AUUUUACCUGAGUUCAGUCGGGCUUUUAUUGUGUUGUUCAGCGGCGGUCAGUACGCACACGGAGUUUUGUCGUUUCAUUGAUUUACUCAGCCAACGGGUCAUUGAAAGCUAUAGAGGGAGGUUUCGUCCAGCGCCGGUCGGUGAAAUUAGAAUUUAAUUAGUCUACAAUCUCGACGCCUCUGGUUCGCUUCUCAAUUACCGCAGAGGACCUGGCAAUACGCCCAGGAGUGGAAGGAUUUCGCCUCAGUCGGCAAGUGACGUUGGAGUGGCAAAGGUGUCAUAUUCGCAAGUUGCGCAUCAUAGCGGUUACCUCCCGAACGUGUUGUGUUGCAUGCGGCUAAUGUUGUGUUGCACCGUGCGGUGUGAGAGAUCUCUCAAAGGUGAAUCAUUCCGUUGCGCGGUGUACUCACCGAUUUCGUUGGAUGACUGUCGGUGUGUCGGUGUGCUCAUGAUUCGUUGCUUCCUCCAGUGAGUGUGUGAGUCGCACCGUUCCGCCUGAGUUAAUCUGAGCUCGCCUCGAGAGGUUGGCUUAAGUACGCGGCCGCUAGUUCACGUUCGAGCGCGAGAAGGAAAAGUGGCGGUCUGCUGGAGAUCGAACGACACAACGACGCGGUCAAACCCUCCGAUUCAACAAGUGCCCGGAUCCAAAGCCCGCGUUUUGGGGUGGAAGGAUAUCCUUUCCAAAUUGUGUGCGUGAGUGCUUUAUUCGCGUUAAAUAUAUUUACUCCGAAAACAAGAUAUUAGAAGAAACAACAAUCGACCCGGUUUAAAACGUGUUGCUCGUUUUUUUUUUACCUCAAAUCCGUCGUUCAUGGGAAGCCUCUAGCCCUCGAAAGCGCGCGUGAAACAAAAAAAAAUCAAGAAAAAUAUUUACUUAGGAGAUGAAAGUGUGAAAACAGGAUGCUGUGAAAGUGAGUGAGGCAAGAUCGUGAAACAGUGUGCGCUACUGCGAAGGAGAAACAAGCUUCGAAACAAGAAUCCCCCGUCGUUGUUGCCACGAGUGUGUGUCCAGCCCAGCAACCGAAAGGAAGCCGUUUCAGCCGAGGUUUCACAUCAUUGAGGUUGAGGACGAGAAGACGCAAGUGAGAGCAAGCGCGCGUCGUCAGUUCUGCCGAGGCCCCACUUCUUUUGGAGUGUAUCGAAACUAAACCCGAAAACAGUGCAGAAAAAAAACUCAACAAAAUGGUAGACAAGCAGCAGUUCUUCCUGCCAUGCUUCAUGCUGUGCGCUAUUUUCUCAGCCGUUAUCACAGCUCAGCAGAUCCAGGUGGAUACGGAUCCGAGGGAACUGGUCGUCACUGAGAACCAGCGGAAUGUUAGCCUCCUGUGUCGAAUCGGCCGCCCCAUCGAUAUUUGCAUAUUCCUGCUGCCGAACAGCAACCAAUCGCUACUGCUCAACCCAAGCAAUACCGAGGACCGUGGGAUACGGUACUUCGGACCAGGUUACCAGGCGGGAGCAUGCGGCAUUACGAUUGACCGAAUUACGAGUGCCCACAACGGACAAAUCAAGUGCUCCCUGUUCGUGGGUGGUCUCAGCCAAGAGGGAUUCAUCAAUCUGAUUGUGGCAGUGGCACCAGAGCCACCGAUCAUCCAGACGGAGGUGGAAACCACAUCCUUCCAGGUCGAUACGGAACUGAUUGCGCACUGCGUCACGAAGGGUGGCAAACCCGGCGCAACGCUGGCUUGGUUUUUGGAAAAUGAACCAAUCUACGAGGGAAUAACCCCGCAGCAGGAAUUCAUCGAGGAAGGACGGGAAGGCAUUACGAAUGUUUUGUCCCUGCGACGAUUCAUCCAUGCCAGUGACAGCGGGAAACGACUGAUCUGCGAGGCGAAACAUAUCGCCUAUGCCGAUGGAGUGUCGCGCACCAGUUUACCAAUUACCGUUAACUUUGCCCCACAAGCGCUACCGGAAACCACAAUUCACGGAUUGAUGCUUGGUCGCACCGUUGACAUUAGUCUUAUGAUUCACUCCAAUCCUCCACCCAGAACCUACUGGACGGUCGAAGGAAUCGAGAUCGAAGAAGGACACGAAAGCGACAGAUACGCGGCGCGUAUCCCGGAACCAUUGGACAACGGUGCCUACAACGUGACACUCACCAUUGCCGGCCUCACGCUUGAGGACCUCUCGAAAACGUACCACAUGCGAGCCUCGAACCGAUUUGGCGCCCAGGAUUACAGCGUGGUGUUGAGCUCACUGGAAGCCGAUGUUGAUGAGUCCAGUGGCGUCGGAAUCGGCGGAAUCAUUGGCAUUGUCCUUGCCGCGCUGAUUGUCCUCACCGCUGUCGCCCUGAUCAUCGUGGCGCGAGCCACCGGUCGAUGGUGCUUCCGAGGCGCUUCGCUCAACACCGACAUCAAUCCGGACUCGGAGGCACACAUCACGCCCCACUCCCACGAGGACGAUCUGCACGACGAGAAGCUGCAGCAGCAGAACCCGGCGGUCCACUACGAGGCCGAGGAGAAGACCCAGCUUCCACCGGUACCGACGGGGGCACCAGGUGACGACGGGACCACCGACGGUAUGCCCCAGAAGAACGGCAAACACGAGAACGGGAAGCAGCAGCCGGCGGCGAAGAAGCAGGAAAACGGGAAAGCCGACAGUAAAACCAACACCCCGGUGUAGAUUGAGAUGACGGAGGAUUACGAGACGAUGCUGCUGCUGCUCUCAUGCUGCGGGGGUGUGGGAGAGGGGCGAAGUGCCGCGGCUAAUGCAAGAUGAGAUGGGCUCGUGUUUAGGAAUCGAUUCUAUUUUAUAUUUUAUUUCCUUUUAUUUUUAUUUAACGUGUUGGACGCCCCAAACGGCGAGUGGGAGGGAAUCGUAGCUAGUGAGAUCGAAAUUAAAUAAGAUAAAUUGAACCUUUUUCGGAUUGAUAGCUUAGUCGUGGGCUCUUGGUUUUGGGUGAGAAAAUGGACGACCGGAGGUUAGAAAUCGCUUAGCUUCUGUGUAGCAUCUCCAACGCUUUCGCUCCUGUUGAACAUCCUCAUUUCCACGGCGAUGUGAAUGAUGCCUAGGCGGGUGGUGAACCCCGGGUCAAAGAUCUGGAAUAGGUUUAUUGGCCGGAUUCAGCCUUUCUCGACACAUUUGUAAAUUCCGCACAAAGCCGUAUAUUUUGGAGUUUUAUUUCUUCUUUUCUGCUCGACCGGAAUCCUUUCCACUUGUGUUGGAAUCAAACGUAAUGUAGGUGAUGAUAACGAAUCAUGAUGGAAAUUUUAUUCCAUUCGAUCUGACAGAAGGUAUCGGAUGUAAUGAUUUUCAACCGACGCGCAUUGGAAUGCUGAAUUCGAUUAACGGAAUGCUUAACCCUUUCGAAUUGUAUUUCCUCAUAAUUCCGAAAUUUCCCAGUUAUGAAAAUCAACUUUGAAGAGUAUAAAACAAUCACUUCUUCAAACCAUUAGGCAGCACUUCAUCGUCAAGCAAAAAUCAUUACCCCCCUUCUGAGAUGAUUAAUACACCAUUUCCGCAAAUCAUUUUUCUUUUCGCCCCCGCCUCCACCCAAUACCGAAGCCCCACGGCAGCCGAAAGUGAUAUCCAGUUUCCACUGUCCAUUACUCGAAAACCAAGUGACAGGACUCGUAGAGAGAAAUAGGACAAAGAACACCCGAUGAUUAAUAAACACGUGCUAAACCAGCAGCCAAUAGAAGGCCACUGAAGAAAAAAAAACACACACACACAAACCCAGACAACAACAAAAAACACAGAAAAAAAACCAACAAAACAAAGAGUUAUGACCGGACUUCAUUUCGUGUUCGAACAAAGAAAGCAUAGACGAUGACUCCGAGAGUGAAUAUACAUUCCACAAUGUUGACCCCCCUCCAUAAGAAGUGGGCAGCGGGGGAAAACAAAAAAAUUGAGACAAAACGAGGAAAAAAACUUGACGAGCUGCCAUUUUUCACGCUGAGUGUGAAAACGAAAUUAAGACAAUUUUUGGGAGAACAGAAGCGAGCUCAAGACAGCAAAAAAAAAAACGAAAGCUAGCCGAAAAACAGCAUGAAUGCAAGCGAAAAAUUAAAAAUAUUAAACUGAAACGCAAACAAUGAACUGUUAGAUGAUUUUAGAACCGCGAGAGUGCGGGGGAGGUAGCGAAGCGGGCGCAACACAGAAAAAAGCAAAUAAUAACGUACUUAAGAGCGCCGUGGGUGGAAAAUGAAGCAUUUGUUUUAAUAUUAUUCGAACUCGCCCGCUCGGAAGCGGCGGUCGCCGCGAAGGCGAAAAACGUAUGAUUGUUAUUAAAUUAUCUAGCCGAAAGUGAAGUGAUGACGGAAGAUCGGUAGUAGGAAAACCGUUCGUAUUUAAUAAAUUCCGCGCGAGCAUUAAGCAAGAAAUCGUUUUAAACUUUAUCGAUAAAGAUUAUCCUAGCUGUAAGCGAGAAAACAAAAAAAAACUUAACAAUUCCUUUGCACAAAGUGUCCAUAUUCAGGAGAGAGCGCUAGCCGAAAAGUAGCAAUCACGAUGUAGUACUAUUAUUAUUUACUUCAAGUAGUUCGAGUGUAAACUUACGAAAAAAGAAAACAAACAUAUCUAACGAUAAGUGAAAUUGUUUAUUUAUAGAACACACAAAAAUGUUUACCUAGUUAGGUUUAAUAUAUAUUUUACGAUUAUUUUAGCGUCUUGUUUUACGAUUCAAACUGAAGGGCACAGUCGUGCGCCCAAGAAAGUAAGGUAACCUUUUGCAGUUGGUAGUUCUCAAUCUCAAUUUUUGUUUGUUUCUGUAUCUACCGAUUUUUUUUACUAACGAUUUUAAACGUAAGCGAACUCUAUGUGAUCUGAUUUUUUUUCGCAUGAUAAGACUAGCCAGAUCUGAAACCAUUCAAAUAAUCUCCGGACGGAUAUUCGCGAGUAUCUUAUUCUGUUUUAGAAAAAAAAACAUUUUUCGUCGAAGAAUAAUUCAGAAGUUGGACUUAUUUUAGUAUCGCAGAUGAAAUAAUAAUUGAGUGUUAGAUUUAUUCCCAUUUCAUGUAAGGAUACAUACAUACGAAAUGUACAUAACGAAUCUUAAAUACUGUUUAGUGAAUAAAAUAUUUCGAAUAAA